CCUGCGCUCCGUGCCGGCCGGGCGCCGCUUGCCGCCCGCUCCCCGCCGCCAUGCCCAAGAAGAAGCCGGGCCCCAUCCAGCUGACCCCCGCGCCCGACGGCUCGGCCAUCAACGGGACCAGCGCGGCGGAGACCAAUUUGGAAGCCUUGCAGAAAAAACUGGAAGAGUUAGAACUGGAUGAGCAGCAGCGGAAACGCCUGGAGGCCUUUCUGACCCAGAAGCAGAAGGUUGGCGAGCUGAAGGACGAUGACUUUGAGAAGAUCAGUGAACUGGGCGCGGGCAACGGUGGCGUGGUCUUUAAAGUCUCACACAAGCCUUCUGGACUCAUCAUGGCCAGGAAGCUGAUUCAUCUUGAGAUCAAGCCGGCAAUUCGCAACCAGAUCAUUCGGGAGCUCCAGGUCCUGCACGAAUGCAACUCUCCCUACAUUGUGGGGUUUUAUGGAGCGUUUUACAGUGACGGCGAGAUCAGUAUCUGCAUGGAGCACAUGGAUGGCGGAUCCUUGGAUCAAGUCCUGAAAAAGGCAGGCAGAAUACCAGAGCAGAUUCUCGGCAAAGUCAGCAUUGCUGUCAUAAAAGGGCUAACGUAUUUGAGAGAAAAGCAUAAGAUCAUGCACAGAGAUGUGAAGCCCUCCAACAUCUUGGUAAACUCAAGAGGAGAAAUCAAGCUCUGUGAUUUUGGGGUCAGUGGACAACUGAUUGAUUCCAUGGCCAACUCUUUUGUGGGAACACGAUCUUACAUGUCGCCAGAAAGACUGCAAGGGACUCACUACUCGGUGCAGUCGGACAUCUGGAGCAUGGGGCUCUCCCUGGUAGAAAUGGCCAUUGGCAGGUACCCGAUCCCUCCGCCCGACGCAAAGGAGCUGGAACUCAUGUUUGGGUGUCCCGUUGGGGCCGACUGUCCUGGCUCGGAGACGUCUCCCCGGCAGAGAACGCCAAGCCGGCCCAUGAGUGCCUAUGGUUCAGACAGCCGACCACCCAUGGCCAUCUUUGAGCUCCUGGACUACAUAGUCAAUGAGCCCCCUCCAAAGCUGCCAAGCAGAGUCUUCACUCCAGAAUUCCAAGAUUUUGUGAACAAAUGCUUGAUCAAGAAUCCGGCUGAGAGAGCAGAUCUAAAGCAGCUUAUGGUCCACAUUUUCAUUAAAAGAUCGGAAGCAGAGGAGGUGGACUUUGCGGGCUGGCUGUGCUCCACCAUCGGCCUUAACCAGCCCAGCACCCCGACCCAUGUUGGCGGACUCUGAGUCUCCCGUCACGGUACAAGGAACCCACCAAGUGCUGCUGCUAUGCAACUUUCAUUCCACGGGGGAGGCUGACCAGGAGCUGCUCACUCCAGCCCCACACCUGUGCCGGGCGGGG